AGGUCUAUGGAAAGAUGAAGAACCGCAACCAAAAGCAACAAAACCUAAAAAGGUGGAAAUGCAAAUAGAAGGGGAAGACGAUAACUUCCUCGAAAGCACCAUCAUUCAUCCACCUGAAGAGCUGCCAAAAAUACCAAUUUUAAACAUCACCAGUUCCAACGUAAGGACCGGAGUGACUUCUACAGAGUGGGCAGAGAUGAUAGAUGUGUCACAGCCCGUGCCUGAGUUUAAAGAGAAAAUUAAAGACAUGGCCCACACUUAUCCGUUUGAGUUGGAUAACUUCCAGAAACAGGCUAUAUUGAAGUUAGAAGAAGGACACCAUGUUUUUGUAGCAGCGCACACGUCUGCUGGAAAAACUGUCGUGGCUGAAUAUGCCAUUGCCAUGUCCAGAAGAAAUUGUACGAGGGCGAUAUACACGUCCCCAAUCAAGGCGCUAUCAAAUCAGAAGUACAACGACUUCAACAAACAAUUCGGCGAAGUGGGUCUGUUGACGGGCGACCUCCAAAUCAACGCGACCGCCCCUUGCCUCGUGAUGACCACGGAAAUUCUGCGAUCCAUGCUGUAUUGUGGCUCUGACGUUACUAGGGAUUUGGAGUUUGUUAUUUUUGAUGAGGUCCACUACAUCAACAAUGCUGAGAGAGGCUACGUAUGGGAAGAGGUGCUAAUAUUACUUCCCGCGCACGUCAGCAUUGUGAUGUUAAGUGCUACUGUACCCAACACUCUUCAGUUUGCGGAUUGGGUCGGUCGCACCAAAAAGCGAAAGGUCUACGUCGUGUCUACGCCUAAGAGGCCUGUGCCGCUCUGCCACUACUUGUAUACAGGAUCGGGCGGAAAAUCUAAGAACGAAAGGUUCUUAGUGAUCGAUCAAGAAGGCAACUUCCAGUUAAGAGGAUACAACGACGCAGUAGCGGCCAAAAAGGCUAGAGAAAACGAAUAUAAGAAGGGUUUUGGACCUAAAGCCGGUGGAAAGCAAUUCCAAAACCCUAAAGCUGACCAGACUAUGUGGGUUGCCUUCAUUGACCAUCUGAGACAGAAGGACAAACUUCCAGUUGUUGCGUUCACACUAUCACGGAACAGAUGCGACCAAAACGCUGAAAACUUGAUGUCCGUGGAUUUAACGACUGGCAAAGAAAAAAGUCAUAUAAAAUCAUUCUUCCAGAGGUGCCUUCAAAGACUAAAGGAGCCAGACAGAAGAUUACCCCAAGUGAUAAGACUGCAGAGAGUUCUCGAAAAUGGUAUAGGGGUACAUCACAGCGGUAUUCUGCCGUUGCUCAAAGAAAUUGUAGAAAUGCUGUUUCAGACAGGUUAUGUUAAAAUUCUCUUCGCAACUGAGACUUUCGCCAUGGGAGUCAACAUGCCAGCUCGAACGGUGGUGUUCGACGAGGUGACCAAGUUCGAUGGCCAGCAGAGGAGGACCCUAGCCCCAGCCGAAUACAUACAAAUGGCGGGCAGAGCCGGGAGAAGAGGACUGGAUGACACUGGUACUGUGAUAAUACUGUGCAAAGACGGAGUUCCCGAUCUGGUGACACUAAAAGGCAUGAUGAUGGGCAUACCUCAAAAGCUGUCUUCCCAAUUCCGACUCACCUACGCCAUGAUAUUGAGUUUACUGAGGGCAGCGACAGUUUCAGUAGAAGGCAUGAUGCAGCGAUCCUUCCGCGAGUUCAACCAGAUAUGCCAAGCGGACAACCACAGAAAGCAGUUGCAACUCGCCGAAAAAGAAUAUUCUGAGAAGUGUAGCACUCCAUUACCCUCCCAUCUAGCACCCUUAGCAUCGUUCUACGAUACAGCUGCAGGGUAUAUCGAUGUUUUGAACGACAUAAUGCCGCUUUUAUUGAACCAAUCGAAGGUAGCCAAAGAAAUGGUCGCGGGAAAGGUUUUGGUGAUAUCCGCGGGGCCGUAUAUCAACCAGCUGGGAGUGUAUUUGAAUGGCAACGGGCCUCGCCAAACUCCAUACAAAGUAUUGGUUUUAAACACGGCCGAGAAAGAUCCUGCAAGGUACAACUUUGAAGUCGACGACAACUGGUUCCGAAUGCUGAGUUUCUCCACGAUGUAUGAUGGAAUAGGUACUGAAGAGAGCACUAUGGACCACACAAUAUUGUGCAUAGCUCCUAAAAACAUAGUCGCUAUCACGAAAAUGAAUUUGAAAAUAGACGUCAACAUUAUCAUUCAGGAUUGGGAGAAGCGACAAAUGCCUAGGUUCAAAGACGCUCCCAUAGGUUCAACAUGCGCCAGCGCAGUACAAGAGCUCUCUCGUAUCUCGCACGCGGUUCGCACGGGCGCCACCACUUUAGAACACGUCAGCCUCACGCAAUCCAUGGCUAUAUCCACCGGGGAGAUACUGCAGACGCUGGACAAGAUGAACAAGCUUAUGGCCGAACUAGUAGUACAAAAGAAAUGCACUGACAUAGCGAACUUCAAGAGCGAAUUUGCAAUCGUAUAUGAACGCAAGCAAACCGAGAGGAAGCGAGACAAGUACAAACGGCUGCUCUCUUUCGAGAACUUGGCCCUUUAUCCAGACUACCAGAGAAGGUUAAUGGUGCUGAGAGAACUGAACUACAUUGACGAACAUGACAGCGUCAUACUUAAAGGUCGAGUAGCCUGCGGUAUGGGCACAAACGAACUGAUAAUAUCCGAGCUAGUAUUCCGAAACGUGUUCACGGAUAAAAGUCCAGCGGAAAUUGCGGCGUUGCUCAGCUGUUUUGUGUUCCAAGCGCGCACACAAAUAGAGCCACAGCUGACUGAGAAACUGGCCGAAGGCGUGAAAGCUAUAGAGCUUAUUGACGAUGAGCUCACCAAAAUUGAGUCGAAAUAUUUGGUCGGUCAAUUCGAAGGACAGGCAGAGAGACUGAACUUCGGACUAGUGAGGGUAGUCUAUGAAUGGGCGCUGGAGAAACCAUUCGCAGAAAUUAUGGAUCUGACAGAUGUGCAAGAGGGAAUUAUAGUGAGGUGUAUUCAGCAACUCCAUGAGCUUCUCAUCGACGUUAAAGACGCGGCAGUAGCCGUGGGUGACCCCAAGCUUCAAGCCAAGAUGAUGGAAGCGUCCACAGCCAUCAAGAGAGACAUUGUCUUCGCGGCCAGUCUCUACACAACGCAGAAAGAGUCUGUCACAGUCUAGAAUAAAAUAUAACUAUAGUCUGGUCUGUGAGCACGUAGAAUUUUGUCCAAUGACCCCAAGCUACCCAUCCUUAUC